AUGUUGUCCUCCUUGCCGGCUGAGACCGCUUUCCCACAGCACAAACGGCGGAGCAGCAGGAGCAUGAAGGUGCUGGGCCCCCCAAGCCUCGAGCCCCCCUCGUCUUGCUUGUCCUCGCUGAACUCGAAUCCAAGUGCGUUUUUCGGGCCGGCGUGGUCGCCGUCGUCGUCGCCAGCGUCGACACUUCGAUCGCCCCUGCCCCUCGACGCCGACCAGCCGGGAAGCCCGGACUCUUCGCGUGCAGAGUCCCUUCGAAAGGGGAAAGCGUUCACUUCGGCGACUGGCAAGGCGGCGCGGAGCUAUGUUCACGAGGAGGAGGGCAGGGCAACGACUCCACAAAAGCAUAGGACGCACGGCGAUGCCGUUAGCAUUGGACGGAAAUUAUCGCUCGGGGAAUUGUCGAAGGGGUUUCUCCGCCUCCUCGGCCGCAGGACUCUCAGCGAUGAUUCGUCGAAAAUCGGUCCCAAGACCGGGAAACAGGACGCGCCGGAAGCCAAGGUCGUGCUUCCUGGAGAUCGGUCCGAAGGAGACAGAGAGUCCGACGAAGCCCCUUCGACGGGUUCCGUCACCGACGAACGACGCCAAUCCCCCCUCGGCGGAGGAGGCGAGGCCGAGGUCGGUCCUCCUGGAGAUCGGUCCGAAGAAUACAAAGAAUCCAGAGAAGCUCCUUCGAUGGAUUCCAUCACCGACGAAGAGUGCCAGAUCCCUUCCGGCGGAGGAGACGCGCUCCCUGGAGAUCGGUCCGAACAAGACGAAGAGUCCAGCGCAGCUCCUUCGACGGAUUCUGUCACCGACGACGAACGAUGCCAACUCCCUUCGCCCGGAGGAGACGACGUCCCUCAUGAAGCGCGCUCGCCACUGGUAGUCGCGCCGUCGAAGCGAGUUGCCGCAGAAGAAGCGGGCGUGGAACAUUGCAGGUCCGCAACGAUAGAUCCAAGGGCGGUGGAGAUUGCCGCGCCCUCUACCGCCGAGCUGGCGAAGGCAACGGCAAUGCCAGACACCCUGGCAAGGGAAGCGGCGGAACAAGGGUUGGUUUUGCCUUGCGGCCCCUCGGAUGAAGAAAAGGUUUUAUACCACAAGGCUGGACGUCUUACGAUGCUCUUAUCAGGGUUCGUGAGUUUCUGCACUCUAUUGGCCGGCAUGAGCUUGUUCACCAUGUCCUCGGCACAUUUCUACUGGUACGGCGCACCUACUGUUUUCGUGGUCGUCUACAUAUGCUGCCAUUGUGAGUAUUUAGCCAGAAAUUUCGGCGUUUCCAUCUGGGGGAGGGACUUCGAUCCAGAGAUUCACGCGUGCAUUGUUCGGCACGGCCUGGACGUGGCGUACUCCCCGACGGUGGACGUCUUCCUGCCCGUGUGCAAUGAGCCGGCGGUCCUGCUGGCCAACACCUGGAACCACGUGCUGGCGAUGGACUAUCCCCACGUGACUGUUCACGUGCUGGACGACGGCGCCAAUGACGAGGUCAAGGCUCUCGCGGGAGAAUAUGGAUUCCAAUACAUCCGGCGGGACAACCGCCCCGAGUUGAAGAAGGCGGGAAAUCUCCGCUACGCCUUCGCGCGGACGUCGGGCGAAGUUAUCGUCAUCUUCGACGCCGACUUCUGCCCUAGACCUGACUUUUUGCGGGAGACUCUUCCGUACCUGGUGGACCCCUCCAUCGGCAUCCUUCAAACGCCGCAGUUCUUUCGCCGCCGGGAGGAACAGACGUGGGUGGAGCAGGGUGCGGGGGCAAGCCAGGAACACUUUUAUCGCUUGAUCCAGGUGCGACAAAGGGGCGGAGAGCCCCGCUGCGCAAGGGUUGGUGGUGUCGUGCGUGUAGAGCUCCCGCACGCUUGCUUGGUCGCCGGGGCUCGCAGCCACUCGACGCGGGCAUCGCGUUGCGACGGGGGUCGCAGCAUAAAAGUGGCGAUCACUGCCGCUGGAGAAAACGAACGUCCGUCGGGUGUCGCGGUUAAUCUGGACCGCUUCAAUGCCGCCGUCUGCGUGGGCUCCUGCGGAUUGUACCGCCGCACGGCGGUGGAGUCUUUCGGUGGCGUAGCGCCUAUCGAGCACUCGGAGGACAUGUACACCGGGUACAAGAUGAGCGAACUUGGGUACAAGGUGCGCUCGGAUGAUGAGCUCAUUGUUCAGUGCGAGCAAGCCUGUUCGUCCGAACACAACACCUUCUUCCAACACCUCUCUCUGCAAUUUGUGCGCAUUUGCUCGCUGUCCGCAAAGGUGAGGUACCUUCCUUUGUGCCUGGCGAUGGGGAUCUGUCCCGACGAGCCGCGCUCGUUCUUCAUGCAGCAGUACCGCUGGUGCAUGGGGACGUCGACGCUAGUACUCCAGAGAGAAUUCUGGCAAUCGGAUAUCUCGAAAAUCCACAAGCUGUGCUUCUUCAACGGCAUGCUCUACUACCUCGCCACGGCCUUGUUCGUCUUCCUGGGACCCUUGCCAAUCUUGCUCCUGAUUUGGAUGAAGGCCGACGAAGUGCUGUGGUUUUACUACGGCUUCACAGUCCCGGCUCUCAUCUACACUCUGGUAGUCGUCCCGAUGUGGUCGAAGCAAGACUCAGUCUUCAAAGCGCUGACCGCUCAACGCAUCAAGGUUCUCCAGAGCUACGCCCACCUGUUCGCGAUCAAGGACCGCCUCAUGGGGACGGUGGCGGCGUGGGUGCCAUCGGGCGGGGGCGCCUCGAAGUAA